AUGCAAAAUUUCAGAUUUUUUUUCCAAGAUAAUGAGUUUGAAAAAACUCGAGCAAAAUAUGAGCAAAUGAGUGGUGAUGUGAUUUUUAAAGACUUAAAAAAACUGACACCGAUAUCUUGGGAUAAGAAUGAAGACGAGACGAUGCGGCUUGCCAAUUUCGUUACCCAUGCCAACGAUUCGAGACAAAAAUCGAUAAUUUUCGCUCAACUAGCUGUCUUAUCUGUCAAUUCUAUUAGAGCUGUAGAGAGAGUUUGGGAUUACCGCGGAGAAAUGUUUGUUCUACAUGGUUCUAUCAGGAAUAAUAGGAAGAAGAUUACGGUACGAGUGUUUGAGGAUGGAAAAGAGCGAUUUGUGAUGAAUAAAGAGCUUGUCGAUGCAUUCAUCGCAUCGGGAUUUCCAUGCUCUCCCAUUGGCGGAGAUUAUUGCUACACGACGGCGAUGAGGGAUGUGUAUCGGGAAUAUAAACAUUAUAUUCAAAAUAUUGAGUUCAUCCGCUACCCAAUCACUAGAGCCAAACACCGAGCAACUCCUGUAAAAGCUCCAAACAUCGAUGGUGCAGAGAGCCUAGUGAUUCUAGCCAUCGACGCGUUUUUCGAAAUUUUCCGUUAUUCGAUUUUCCGUCUCAAACUAUUGCAGUUGGAAUCGAAAGGCUUUGAACUACUGAAACAAAUGAUACCGGUGUUUCUGCAAUUAAAUGAUAACAGUAAUACUGUAUACUUCAUUCCACUACUAAUGUUCGAUGAGUUUGAAAAACGAUAUCAUAAAGAAAUCAAUAAUUUGCAUUCAAGUCCAUUAACUGAUGUUCUGGAUGUUGGAACGGAUGGGUUUACUGUAGAAAACCUAAAAGAAGAACUUGCAAAAUGUGGAUUGACUCGUUACUGUCCAGAAGCCAUAGAGCACGCAGAAGCGGUGUAUUCUGAAGUGAAUCGAAUCAAAAAAGAGGGAAUUCUGAGAACUUGUGACAUGUUUGACGCUAUUGAGCAUUGCAGUCUCCUUUGUGUUCUUGGGCAACUUCCGGAACUCAAAAUCUUCGUUCACCAACAAAAAGGGUGUCAUAGAGUGCUGAGCUACACCUGUGACUACUGUGAUGGAUUGCCGAGAAUUCCAGAAAAGACACAAAUGACAAUUGGGGGAUUCUUUAAAGCGAUGACGUCUAUUUCCAAGGUUUUGGAGAUUCUUUCCACUCAUAAGAAGAACCAGAAGGCGUCGGAGGAGAAGAAGGCGACUUUAGCGAUUUUAGAAGAUGUGGAAUUGAAGAAACGGGAGAAGAAGGAGAGAAAGAAGGAGAGGAGAGCGCAGAGAAAGAAAGAAGAGAAAUUGAAAAUUUCUGCGUUGAAAAAUGAAGGUUCAGAAGCGGAAAAGACGUCAGAAGACACCCAGAAGACGUCAGAAACCAUUAUCGAUGAGCAACCAAAAAAUGAAGAUUCAGAAUUCGAGAAGAGCUACAAAAAUCUCAAAAAUGAUAUUCAAAAAAUUCUGAAAGCCUCUUCACUACUCGAGAACAUUCCAGGGACUCCUCCAGGAGAUUCUCCAGGAGAUCCAGAACCUACAGUACCCCAAAAGGAGUCGAAAAACUGUGAAAACUGUGAAAACGCCCGAAAAUCUCAAAAAUCGGCUAAAAAUUGGCAAGCUGAAAAGCAGGGAAUGCAGCUGAGAAUUCAAGAAUUCCAGGCGGAAAACGAUGAAAAUCAACGAAUGAUGAUUCAACAACUACUCGAUGAAUUGGAUAAAAAUCAAUAA